AAGACUCCAAAAAAAGUGAUUUGCUCUUGAAAAAAGUGAAAUUUCCUUUAUAAAAACCUUCUAAAAUCCAAUAAUAUAACAACUAAAAUACAACUCAUAUAAUGUACUAAGUUUUCAACAUAAAUUUCAAAGUAUUUGUCAAAUAUUUUGCUCGAAAAUUGGCCUCAAAUAAAACUUGAAAAGCUUAAAUUAAAGGAAAAUCCCCAAUUUCCCCUUCCUCUUACAACGUUGUUGCAGAAAAAAAACUAUAAUAAAAGAAGACAAAGACACAAAUAUAGAGAAAAUAUAAAUAAUCAGAAAAAAGGUGGAAGAAGCAGCUAAGGCACACAAAAAACUCUGACAUUCUUAAUAGUCGUAAUAGAAAAAAAAAUAAUAAAAAACUACGAAAAAAAAUCACGGAACACAAAAGAAGACGAUUAUAGAGUAGAAGACUAGAGAUAGAAAGAAACGACAGACCACAACCACGACGAACUAUUUUCAGAUUUGCGUCAUAAAUAAGUUUAAAGGGAAUUUGUUUCAGCAGCAUUGUUUAAGUGGGAAUGACUAUAAAACCUGUUAUAGCACCGUCGCAAAAGAGGUCUGGCACCUCGGCCAGUGAGGCGGAUAAAAAGGAGUCUCAUCAAGUAGCCAAUGUGGGUGAUGCAGGAACGAAUGCUCUUAAUCAACAUCGUAAUGUGGUAAUAGAUGCUCACGGUCAGAGUCCCCAACGUCGUGUAGAUGUGUACGACGAAUUGGCAAGACAUCGACGCAGUCCUCAUAAGACCUCGCGUAACAAACGACGCGACCAUCAUAAUGAUCCCACACAAUUGCAUCAUAAAAGGGAACGUGUUGCUGCCGCACUUAAUGACAAACAUGGCAAUGUUGCCAUGGGAGUUUCCAACAACAAAUGCAAUAGUCCUCACUCUGCGACGGCUGCCUCUGUAGUGUCGGGCGUAACGAACCCUAACAGUUCUGUGCCACAUGCCUCUGGUUUGGUCAAUAAGUCUACUGAUAAUUUGCUGAAAUCGUCGCAAGCACCCCAAACUCAAGCGGGUAGUGUGGGUCAGGCAGCUAGUGGUUUGCUUAAAGCUAUUGAGGAUACUUUUUCGGGUUACAAUUCGGGUGAUGAGCACUUACAGCCAAAGGAGGGUUUACCAACGGCUGAUGAGUGGCAAAAGAAAGAUGAACAGUUUGCCAAAUGUAUGGCUGAUCGUGGUUAUAUUUUGAAGCCGGUGGAAGAGGAUGGUGCUUGUUUGUUCCGUUCGAUCUCAUUGCAGAUAUAUGGUGACGAGGAAAUGCAUGAUGUUAUCAGGCAGCAUACCAUGGAUUAUAUUACGAAAAAUCGUGAAUACUAUAGUCAUUUUGUAACCGAAGAUAUUAAUAGUUACAUUAAACGAAAACGUCGUAAAGAUUCUCACGGCAAUCAUAUUGAAAUCCAAGCCAUGUCUGAAAUAUACAGUCGUCCUGUUGAGGUAUAUUGUUAUAAGCCCACUCCCAUAAAUAUAUUCAAUUCGGAACAAUCAAAUAAUGGUUAUGCUCCCUUGCGUCUCUCCUACCAAAGAGGAACCCAUUACAAUGCCAUUAUAGAUCCUUAUAAUGCCACCGUGGGAGUAGGUCUAGGUUUAGCUGGUUAUAAACCAGAAUUGCAGACCAAAGAGGCGGUGCGUAUGAGUGAGCAACAUGAAAUAGAACAAACCAUGUUCGAGGACAAAUUAAAGACCACAGAUUGGGAGGCAACCAACGAAGCAAUCGAAGAACAAAUUGCUAGGGAAUCGUAUUUGCAAUGGUGUCGGGAUAAUUUGCAUAAAAAUCGUAAUGCCACGUCUACCUCAGCGGCAGCUUCAACUUCGGCCACAGUAACCUCAGGUGAAGCAGCUUCUGAUGCAGAGGCUUCACCCUCAAAAUACGCUAUACAACGUUUAAAUUCCAAUAGCAGUAGCAGCACUGUAACAAGUUCAGCAAGUUCCUCUUCAACUACAACAAUUAGCAAUAAUAUUAAUAGUAAUAGCAACAUAAGCAACAAUAGCAACUGCAACAGCACAACUUUAAAUAAUCUGGAACAACAUCAAUAUGUUGCCCUAUCACCCAAACACUUCUCCUCAUUAGCACAUUUAAAAAACUCUGAGGAUUUAGGUUUCGACAGUGAUGACACCGAUAUGAGCAGUACUAGUUCAAUAGGUGGCAGUAAAACGUGUGAGGGUUCCACUUCACCUUCCUCAGCAGCCAGAAGUAAAAAAACUAAAACACGGAAUCUAACAAAUUCCAAAAAGCUUGCUAAUAAAAAACGACGCAGAGAUUUACAAAAUAAUCAACAUGACGAAUCUGCUACUUUACGCAAGAGUCCUAAACGUGACUAUGUCUGCGAAUUAAGUGCGUCUGCUGAAAAACGUCCCUUAACCCCGGAUUUUGAGCAGCAACAACCCUGUACUUCAAAGCAAUCUCAUACGCCCGAUAAACACCACAAUAAAACUAGCACUGCCGAUUCAGCAGCAUUGCCAUCAUCCUCAUCAGCUUCUGCAAAACAAAUAGCAGCGGCAUCACCACCAUUAUCUACAAAUUCCUCCGCAUCAUCGGCCAUAAAGCAGCCAAAUUCUAGUUUUUAUCAGGAGCUAUUAGAAGCAUCAUAUGCGAAUGAUGGCUUUGGCCAAUUAACUGAAUCUGAAAUGCUGCAGCGCGCCAUACAAAUGUCCACACAUGAUUAUAUAGAAGAUCAAAAACGUAAAUAUUUAUAUGGACCAUAAAGAAUUUUUUUGUUUUCGUCCUGCUAAACAAACGUUUCCAAAUAAACUUAAG